CAUUGAAGAGGUCCACUAACACGCAAGCAGUACAAAAUCAUCGUUUUCAGAUUUAAUCGAAGUGACAAAAUGACAUCAGAGGAGUAUCAAUUCACCUCAACUGAGGAGAUGAACAAUUUUGAGGAUGGUGACACGGCCAUGGAUUUAACCGGAUACGUUGACGCGAUCGAAGGCAUGAAAGUGUUGAAGACACAUCAGAAACGAGUUUUCAAAUUUCUUCUUAAUAAUGGUGCUGGUAAACGAAUGAAAGUCUUGCUAUGGGCAGGAGACGUAUUGAAAUAUCAAAGCCAAGUAACCAUGUACCAGGUUGUCGAAUUGACGAUGGGAAAAAUUCGUGACAUGAACCUGAAACUUCCCCUUCCUCGAGGAAAGGACUACGUCCUGACGGAAUACCAUUUUCAACCUGCCAGCACAUUGACCUGUAUUGGAGUUUAUAAAAAGGACGAUUAUUAUCAGGAUUACGAAGAAGUUUCUCUUGGAGAGAUCAUGUCAAAGACUACUCGAAUCUGCACUGAAGUGUAUCUUCGAACGGCAUUCAAAUCAGUUACCACAGCUACAGAAGUUCAGGCGAUGGGCUUGACUAUUGAUAAGCAGUUCAAGUUAUCAGUGGGAAUCGUAAGCUUCUCACCAAAUCCAGAAAAUAAACAAGGUGUUUGCGUGAAGAUUAGAGGAAUUCUGGAGAAAAAUAAAAUGAGAGGUGUAUUUUUGAAAGUCGAUGACAUGUCAUGUAUCGAAAUUGUGGAUGCUAAGACAAUGACUGUAUCAGAGAUGAAGAAUGUUGCCAUUUCAGCGACAUCAAAACGUCGUUCAGAGGGAUCAUUGCCCUUAUCAAAACGCAGCAAGGAAAAUGAAUCUCCCAACAAAGGGAAAAUGGAAUAACAUUAUUUCCAAGUUUCUCAAGUUCAAAAAGCUCUUAAUAUACGUGUAUUAUGUCUAUUCAAGUUGUUACACUAAUUUUCCACUACUUUUUUCAUCGAAAACUUGAUAAAAUAUUUUCGUUCAAUUCUUUGCAUAAUAUUCAAAAAUUCAAAAUAUGAUAAUAUUAUUUUCCCUUUAAUAGUUUUUUUCAUGCAGAUGCAAAUAUACUGUAAAUCGUUUUUAUAUUAAUAUUCUAAAUUUAUUAACAAAUAUGAAUCAAAAAUACUUUGUCCAAGAGUUAGACAAAAUAUUUUCAUUUAACCAAAUAAAAGAUCAAAAGGCUCUUGACUUAUUAGCAAAAAUCUAGAUCACAAAUAUUGAUUUGUUAACACGUUCGAGUAUUACUACUUUUGGUUUAAGAUUGGUUUAAGAAUUUGACAAAAUAUUUUCAUUUAAUCUUUACACAAUUCUCAGCGACAAAGUGGGACAUAGUUUUGUCAAUCAUUUACUUAUUAUUCCUUCAGAUUAUAUUUUUCAAUAUUUCUCCCAUGACAUGACUGACAUGAUAAAAUUCCAUUUCAUUUUAAAAAAAUUAUUCUCAAGUCAUUUACAUUUCUUUUCUAAUUUUUUCUUCUUCAUUUGUCUCACUUUGUAUGGUUUUUUUUGUCAUCGAUGUUUUACGUUGAUUAAUGUAAAAGUAAAAAUAUAAUUGCUGUUAUUGUUAUCGAUAGAGACCGCAACUCAUCAGUAUCUUCAUGGAGAAGAGUUGUAUAAGAUUUGAAGAAAACGAUGCUAUUAGAUAUAAGUUUCUACGCAGUGAAUGACAUUAACAAAGGUGGAGAACGAUCAUAUAUUAAACUGACAUCAUCCAAUAAUUUGACUAUUGAUAGGAAAUCCAGUGAAGAAAUUUUUCCAAAGUAGGUAUUAAUGAAUUUAAUCAAUAUUUUCAUUAUUAAUGCUAUUAAUAAUAGUUGUUUCAAUUUCGUAGUCUGUUACAACUCGAUUCCUCUGUGUUAAAAGUGACUUUUCUGCAGA